AUGAAGUCGACAGCAGCUGCUGAAUCAAAAUCGCCAUCAAAAUGUGAGAAUAUACCAUUCGUUGAAUUAGAAUCGCCAUCACUAAAAGAACAUUCAAUAACUGCUAUACGACAAGAAGAACAUUCAAAUGCAGCUGCAACAGCUGCAGCAUUAGCAACAACAGCAGCAACACCGAUAGUAACAGCAAUUUAUCCAUCUUAUUCUAUGAGAUUCGAACCAAUUAAUCGAGAAUCGAAUUCCAAAUUGAGAAAUAGUAUUCCAUCUCUUAAGAAUUCACUAGAAAAAUCAUUUUUCUCAUCGGAAAAUAAUCUCAAACUAAUGGAUGCUAAGAAUUAUAACGGAGGACAUUGCGGUUCGACUCGAGACAAGAAAAAAUUUUUUGAGAUGAUAGCAAACAGCGUAACUCAACGACAACCAUCGCAAAUGGAUCAUUUAUUAAAUCGAAAAAUAGAGAUGGGUGGAUCAUUAGCAAUUCAAAGCGAUCAAAAUACAGUGAUUUCCGGUUACGACUCAGUUGGAGAGGAUUUUGCUGGAACUACGACGACUGACGAAAUUAGCGGAAACUCUUCUCCAACUUUGAUCGAGGAUCCAAAAGCUAAUGAUGGACCUCAUGAUGAGGUCCGAUCGAAAACUACUCAAAUCUCGGACCAUAUGUCUUACCACACAACUUUCACUGAUUCAACCUUAACACAGAAAAUGCAAAGUCAGCCAUUAUCAACUUAUGAAAUGCAACUAGCGAAUGAAAAAUCUGUUCAAGAGGUAAGCAAAUUUAUAUCAAGUAAAUACCAAAUUCUUUUCGCCAAAUGUCAGAAAAUUUGUGGUCAGUGCGAUAAGCAGCAAGGAAUCGAUGCCUUUAAAAAGUUGAAGCAAUCAGUGAAUUUAUUCGAGGAGAACUUGGCAUUUAAUCCAGGAAUAAUCGAAAACAGAUCGAAUAAUUACCAGAAUAUUCCAGCGACGAAUUUAACUUCAGAUAAAAAGCCAGAAACCUUAAUGAGUGUAGUUUAUGAGCCUAAUGAAAUCCAGUCAGUGACGUCUUAUGGCGCACCAUGCGAUUUAAAAAGUGAAAACCCAUUUGAGCAGAAGUUUACUUCACAUCAACAAACUACAGAAAAAUCAGCCUCAAGUGUAGAGCGAUUAGCAGAAACUGCAUUCCAAGAAAAAUCACCUUCAAAUGUUGACAAUUCUCCACAGUCGAAUAUUCCAGUGCAAACAAAACCGCCGAAAAUGGUUCCUGCAGUCCCCCAGAUACGUCAUCAAAAGAACGAUUCAGUUGUUGACAAAUGGCCACUGAAAACAAAUAACAAAGAGGCGAUUACAAAAAGCAUAAUCGAAGUACCUGAACGUCAAUCAGUUGCAUCACUCAGACAAAAAAUUGCUAGCAAACUUGAAGUAAAAUCUCCAUGCAGUACUAUGCCUUCGAAUGCGAUUGCCAGUGGUUCAUCCCAACAGAAACAAGUACCAUAUCAAAAUUAUUUACAAACUGAUACCAGGAUCUUAUCGCCUUCGAAACCUACGAUACCUGCAUCAACGACUAAUUGUUCUUAUCAAGUACACGAACCAGUCCAACGGCAUAUUUCUUGCGUGACCCCGGUGUCCUUCAGCAUGCCGAAAUUAAGUCAUUCUUCUUCGCAACAGUUCACAGCUCCUUAUCAACUCCAGGAAAACUCUACAGAUUUACUGAGAAGGAAUAAUUCUGUCCCUCAGUUGGUUUUUAAUGUGUCGUCACUUGAUAAUAAUAAUACAGGAUCUUUCGACAAUUCCAUUUAUAAAAAUAAUUCACGAAGUGAGCUCAGUUAUAAACCAUCUGGCAAUAUGGAGGCACUAAAUGUCAAGAUUCAUGAAAGCGAUUCAGCAAUAGAUCUAAUACCACCAGCGAAACCCCCUCCAAUUCUCAAUGGCAAUAUACCCGAUCAUUAUUAUAGCGGACAUGUGCUCGUUUCACCAUCAACUAUAUCAAUGGACUCAACACAACCUGAAAUGCCUGUCUUCUCGACACCUUUUGAACUUCGUUCUUCAAAUAAUACUUUUUUGCCGAGCUCAACCACUUAUAGCUCAAUAACUUCGAGUAUACAUUCCGAUUUAUCGAAACAUAAUAGCUCUGUAUCGAACAGUGAUAUAAAAUCUCGAAAUAUGACAAAACCUUUCUCUGAUGAAACCAGUAAUUCACAGUGGUACCGUAGAAUGUAUAAUAAAAUGCACAGAAUUGAUAAUGCAGGCGCAUGGACUCCAACUUCACGUUUAGAAUCCAAAUCUGUGCAAAAUGAUCAAAGGCCUAUUAGAAGUAAGAGUGUUGGUCGAUAUGCCGAAUCAUCUGAAUGCGUUGAAGAAACGAUUAAUCAAUGGAAAGAUGAACAUAGCAAAUUAUCAUCAAUGCAGAAACUACGAACAAUAAGUCCAACUUAUGGUUCGUAUCGCAAUAUGAUAAUUGCUUCACCAAAUACUUCUAAAAAUUUAUUCGCAUUAGAAAAAUCAAAAACUGAUCACUUCCAUAUACCACCAUAUCGAUUAGAAAACAAAUGUUAUCGAUCAGCUUCAUGCCACUUUCCAGUUUUCUCCUCUUCUUCAUGUCAUCAUUCAGCAAGCAGUACUAACUGCAUGUUUUGCUAUUGUCCACGGCAUGAAAUUUCGUGGAGUGAAAUUGAAUUUCUUUAUAAAACUUUGGGAAAGCAUGAAAUUCAUAACGAAAUAUUUAAAGAACAAAUUUCGAAAAAUAUUAAAAAUGCAGCGAUUCAUCGAAAACUCGAAGAAGCAACUAAUGAAUUGCAAAUCUUCAUCGAUCAGCUCACAAAUUUGCAAAAAUUAUCGUUCAUUGGUUUGAAAUGA